AUGGCCUCGUCCUCGCCUCCGUUUCAGACUCCCAGCAAACGCAAACGUGGCCAAGAGACGCCACGCACGCCCCUCAAAUUCACCUUCAGCCUCAACAGGGAAGACUCUCUCGAAGCUGGCAGCAGCAGUCCCAGAACCACCGUGGUCCAUCGCUUCAAGGGCCUGGAUCUGCAAAGUGGUGGGGGCGGGGAUGGCGGCCUUGCAGACUCCCCAGCCGCCGAUGUCGCCGAUGGUCCUCUCUGCAAGCGUCAGAAGCCAGACCAGCCCAUGAGUGAUGUCUCCGAUGUGGUGGACGCUGCUGCAUCUGCCGUGACGUUUGGAGAGCCCGGCCCCGAGACAGUGGCGGACGAGGGCAAGGGGCCCGGCAGCAGCGCGUCUGGAUCGCCCGAACCAUCGAGAAAGAGGGCCGGCACGCCGCCGCUGAAGCUCGGCCAGGGCGCCUUGUUGCAUGCCGCAGAGGAAGGUGAUAGCUACAGCGACGACGGGGAGACGCACAUCGUGGAUCCGGUUCGCGCUGCGCUGACGUGGCACGAAGAUGAAAUCACCGUCUACGACCCCGACGACAAGGACGACGACGGCACGGGUAUCAACGGCAUCGGGUUUCGACCAACGCCGGCCAUUGCGCAUGCGCGCUCCCUGAAGCGCAGACAGCAAAUCACUGAAUACCGAAAACGCGAGGAAAGCGAAGCUCGCGCGCGGAGAAAUCAGCGUCGCCGCGAGGGAGAGGUUCCGUCGGGCAUCGGCAAGGCCUCUCCCAGAAAGGUUCGCUUCAGCGAUGCAGAACUUCGAAAUAUAGCCGUGAUUAUCUAG